GCUGGCUAAAUAAAAUGCGGAAAGAAUUAUGGCAAAGUAUUUAAAUACCACAACACACUCGCAUGACGGGUUCUGAUAGUUCCUGAUGGGAAGCGAAUAGUCUUCAACGCCUUUUAUAGUCCUGUUGUUGUGUCAGGUGCUGCUAAAUCACACCGUGCUGUGAAGUGCUAGUGUUUGGGCAUGUUCGCGUGCGCUUUUGUGAAGCUCUCUACUCUCUAGUUAAGCAAAAUUUCAAGGUACACUUCGUGUUUUUUUUAUAUUAACCGUGCAAAAUGAAAAGCUGCGUUUCCGUGUUUAUUGCUCUCUUCGCUGUAAACUGUUUUUCGCUGGAAGGCUCGAGUCAGUUGCUCGGCAGGAGAAUCUCUAAAUUCACUACGGUGUGGGGCUUUUCUUGGCAAAACUGCGGUGCACAAGAUGAUCCUGCAAAGAUGAAGAGUCUCAGUAUUUCUCCAGAUCCCAUUUCCAUCCCGGGACAGCUGACAGCAGCGGCGUCGGGCUCCACAUCAGUAGCGCUGACAUCUCCUCUCUCUGUGAACGUGACGCUGGAAAGAGAAAUAGCAGGUUUGUGGGUGAAAAUACCGUGUCUGGAUGAAAUAGGAAGUUGUCAUUAUCCUAAUGCCUGUGACCUGCUCGAUCAGCUCAUCCCGCCAGGACAGGACUGUCCUGAGCCUCUGCACACAUACGGCCUGCCCUGCCACUGCCCAUUCAAAGCUGGAGAUUAUGCUUUGCCAUCAUCAGAAAUCGUCAUACCAGACGUUGAACUGCCUGGCUGGCUGACCAAUGGCAACUACAGAGUACAGAGCAUUUUAGGAAGCUCUGAGAAAGAACUGGGAUGCCUCAAAAUCAGCUUCUCAUUGCAUUUCUCCAAGAAGUAAAAGAAAAGCAGUAUUUGAUUAUUCUAUAGGACUUUUACUUAAGAUUCUCUUUUAACUUUUUAGAAUGAUGAAUUUUCAGUCAUAAUAAGCAUAUUUCUUUUUAACUAAUGAUAAAUCUCAUUGAAUUGUUUUUAAAUGAUUGGUGGAAGUUGUAAAUAUUGUUCACAUCAGUUUACUUUAUAAUCCACUGGACUGCACAUUUUGGUUUUCCUUUUUUUUUUUUUUUUACUUAUUUUAAUUAACAUGUUAACAAUGCUUUGUCUAGUUUUAACUUCUGCUUUUGUGAUUUGUUUUUGUUCUCUGGGGUUAACAACGUUCAGUGUCAAGGUGGAACUAAGUUUCUCAGUUUUCUUUAAAGGGGAAAUUUC